AUGUCGAUAUUCUCUACGCCGCUGAAGAGCAAUGUGGGAUAUGCGGGCGCGCUGGUGGCCAACGGCGGGCCGGCGGAGAGCACGGAGCUGGCUGAGGGCGGCGGCGCGAAGACGCGAGUUGUGCCUGCAUCGGCUACGAGUCAGUUCCAACUGUCGACGUACAACCCGAUGAGCAUGGGCACUGCGAACGAGCACGUGCGUGUGAGCGGGCUUGGCAGCAUGGGGCCCCUGGAGCUGGCGUCGCAGUACAUCAAUCACCUGCAGCGGCGCGACACGUCGACGCUCGUGCUGGACGAGCGCUCUUACUACAACAACGGUGUCAACUACAAUUUUUCGAAGGAGCUAGGCGGGCUGGGUGCGCUGACGCCGUUUGAGCGUAUCAACGUAGUGAACAUCCCCGACGAGAUUCUGCAGGAGGUGUCCAAGGCUGAGAUCCGCAACGAUGUUGGGAUAUUUCCGGAACUGGACCGGUGUUGGAUCAUAAUUGACAACAAAUUGAUCCUGUGGAGUAUUAAGGACCCGUCAGACUUCCAGUCUAUUGACGACAUUAAGCAUACCAUCCUGAAAGUGAGCUUGGUCCGCCCGAAGCCUGGGGUGUUUGUCGGUUCUGUGAACUACGUGCUGCUUAUAGCGACACCAUUCGAUGUGUAUCUGCUUGCAGUGUCAUACCAGCGGGAGUUGGGAGAACUGAACGUCUUCAAUACGGGCAUGUCUGUGUCUGUCAAUGGCCUUGACGUAUCGAACAUUAUAUCAUAUGAGAAGACGGGACAGAUAUUUUUCACGGGUAAGAUAAAUGGGACGAAUAUCUGGGAGCUACAGUAUUCUAGCUCAGAGGAUUGGUUCAAUAGUAAGUGCAACAAAGUGUGCUUGACACAGAUGGCCAUAUCCAGUCUUUUGCCAAGCAACAUCAUAUCACGUAUACCUGGGAGCGGUCUUCUGCGCUCUUUUUUUGAAGAGGAGUCGAAGUUUUCACAGGAGUGCAUUGUGCAGCUAGCGAUCGACCAAUCCAGGGGGGUACUUUACUCUCUGUCUUCAAAAUCCGUUAUCAGAGCUUACAAAAUUAAUAACAAGUCUCUUGAUGGGCCUGUUAGCAUUGAGCCCGCAUAUAUCAGGCGCAUCAUUGGUACAACAACCGCAAAGGGCGCGGCUAUCCUUGGCGCCAGUUAUUUGAGGAUAUCUAAGAUCGCGGUAGUUUCUCAGAGUGAGAGCAACAAUCUAUUUUUAGUUGCUAUCACUGUUGGCGGUGUACGUCUCUACUUCAAUGGCUCUUUAAGCACUAGCAAUAUAGAGGCCUUGACUUUGGAGUCCAUCAAAUUUCCUCCAAGUUCGGUUACGCCAGAAGCUAUCGAGCAGGAAUUACAACAGCAACAACAACAACAAAUAAAAACAAUUCCAUUCUACUCAUCACUGAACUCCACUGAAUCCAUUCAGCUUAAGUAUCAGAAGAAAUCUUCAGUCCUACUCGAAACGAGUUCUGCUUCGACAAUUAUAUCCCCUGGGAUAUUUUUCUCUGCGGUUGUGAAGCGCACCCCAUCCGGACAAUCACCACAUGAUUCAAAUACUAAUACCCCUGCAUCUCACCCAGUGCAACAUAAAUUGUUUGUGAGUGUACCAGAUUAUGGCAUCCUGAAAAACCACGGAAAAUAUAUUGAGAAUGCUUCCUUCUUGGAGACCACUGGCCCAGUAAAAGAGAUAGUCCCCAUUAGCGCGCUCUUUAAUGCCACUGAUAAGCCAGAAGGGUACGCAAACAUAUUUGCAACGCAAUAUAGCGUGGAACCACUGAAGGUAGCUGUUCUAACGAAUACCUCAGUUGAAAUAUAUCGGUACCGUACGCCAGAUCAAGUCUUUGAAUCACUGAUUGACAACCCCUUACCAUUUGUUUUGAACUAUGGAUUGGCUGAAGCUUGCUCUUCUGCAUUGUUUGUAACGUGCAAGUUCAAUAGGGCUGAAUCUUUAAGGUCCAGCGCGUUGACAUUCUUCACUGUCGGUAUACCCAAUGUUGUGGAAAUAAAGCCCAGGUAUAAUAACUAUGCCGCUUCUGCUGUCUCGUCUUUGUUAAACAAACAUGCCUUGACUGCCACACCUCAGAAGACGAAUUCGAUUGCUCCGGCAAAUUCUAAUAAUGGCAAUUAUAAUCUUGACGAUGUCGUCUUAUCUCCCAGAUUUUAUGGCAUUGCGUUGUUGAUUACCAGGCUUUUCAGAGAUAUUUGGAAUAAAAAUAUCUUUCUGGUCAAGGAGACAGCAAGGUAUGACUAUUCAGGUUCUAUACUCAGAGAUUCGGUAUCAAAUGGCGAUUUAAUAUCCAUGGUUUCUAUCUCUAAGACCGACUUGGAAUACUAUCUAUCAUCCAUCAUGAUAUUGAAUGAGUUUUUCAUGACCUAUGGAACCUCCAUUACAACUAUUACGGCGACAGGUAUUACAACCGGGAAAGCGGUUGACCGUUCUGAAGAAGUUGCCUACCAAGCGGAGAGCAUUGCAAUUAAUGCAAUGAUUAGAUUAGUCCAGUCGAUCAAGGAAGCAUUAUCUUUCCUAAAUGUUCUCUUUGAAGAAAGUGAGAUAGAGGGAUAUGAAGGUCAAUAUCUUGCAUUCAAAGAUAUUAUGAAAUUCUUGAGUCUGGAUGUUCAAUCCGAUUUGACCAAACUCAAGUUCAAGGAUAUUUUUGCCCCAAACGAUCAGUCUAAGAGACUUGUCCGCGAAAUACUUUCCUCGAUCAUAAACCGUAAUAUUUCGAGGGGUGGAUUCAUUGAGUAUAUUGCGACUGCUUUACAGGAGCGUUGCGGAUCAUUUUGUUCCAGCAGCGAUGUCUUGGGUUUCCGUGCUGUCGAACAUUUGAGGAAGGCGAAAGAAGUCGGCUUACGGGACUUUGAUACCUUGAACUACCACUUGACUAAUGCAACGCGUUUAUUUGAAAAGAUUGUCGAUGAUAUUUCAAUUGAUAAGCUAAAAGAGGCUGUUGCCAUUAUGUUGGAAUUGAACUACUUCCCUAAGACCAUUGAAUUCCUGUUGAAUAUUGCUAACCUAACUGACAAGGGUAAACUUGCCUACCAGUAUGUCUCUGAUGGGUAUCUUGAACAUGAUGAAAAGAAAAAAUAUUUUGAUAAACGAGUGUGCAUUUAUGACUUGGUGUUUCAAACGUUGAUAAAGAUUGAUGACUUAGCUUCAGGUACCACUUCGAACCCGGCUAAGGGUAAAGAUUAUACUGAAACAGAAUUUGCGAAGUUGCGUGAAGAAAGUUAUCAUACUGCAUUGUCAUAUGAUGAUAAAUUGUUUCACUAUCAACUGUACGAUUGGCUUGUUUCCCAGAAUAGCCAGCAAAAGCUUCUUCAAUUGGAUACUGAUUUUAUACUACCUUACUUGCAAGAGAAAUCCGUUUCUUCGUUGGAUUUGUCGAAUUUACUCUGGGUUUAUCAUUCAAAGCGGUCGAAUUUCCUAGUAGCUGCGCAAAUAUUGUAUUCUUUAUCGUACUCUGAUUUCGAUAUGAAUUUGCACACCAGAAUCGAGUACCUCUCAAGAGCCAAUGGAUACUGCAAUGGUGUUUGCCCCCCAAACCAAAGACAUCAGAUGAUACAGCUGUCUAGCAUGAUCCAGGAAUUGUUUGAUGUUGCUGUGAUUCAAGAUGAGUUGCUGGCUCUUGUAACAAAUGACUCAAGGUUAAGCGAUGACACAAGAAAGGGAUUGGUCAAACAACUGGAUGGCAAGAUAUUGCCGGUUAGCGAUCUAUUUAAUGACUUUGCAGACCCUCUUGGCUACUAUGAAAUUUGCCUAACUAUAUUCAAGAUCUCUGACUUCAGAAACCACGAAGAAAUUAUGUCUAAAUGGAAUGAACUUUUUGAUUCAAUGAAGAGCGAAUUGAAGUCAUCUGGUGGUAUUGAGGACAGCACAAAUUUCAUUAACCUUCUCUCGAGCGUGGUUGUUAAGACGGGCAAAAGCGUCCGCACCAGUGAGUUCGUAUUCCCGAUUGCUGAUUUACUUCCAGUGAUUUCGAACUUAUUUUACGAAUGCUUGCCAAACGAACAUAUUGAAGCCGGCUCUAUUGCCUCCAUUUUCACCUCCGCAGGUGUGUCAUAUGAUAAACUCUACUACGUGCUAAAAGACUUGAUCGAAACUUCUGAAUCUGUAAAUACGGUUUACAAGCGGGAGAUUGCCUGGUUGAUCAAAUAUUGGUACCAGUCUGAUAGGAAAUUGAGGGACAUUAUUACAUAUGAUGACUUGCGGAAUCUGGACGAAUAUAGCAUAGAGACCGACCCAAUUGACAAAUACAUGAAACGCACCGGCAACAGCAUCUAG